UCCUCCGGCUCUUUCUGUUGUCUGAUGUCAAGCCCUCUGGAGGAAGCUUACAGUCCUCCGGGGAUACCGAGUCCCCUCCAGAGCCCUCAGGGUGCCUGCCGCUCGCUCACUGCUGCUUUCUCCGUUCCACCGAGCCCACCCGAUGGUGGCUCCGGCAGCCCAAUGGCAGAGGGUCUGAGCACCGUACGGGCCCUGGAAGACACGGCAUCCUAUCCCACGGCCAUGAUUCGUAAUGCGGCGGCUGGUCUGGUGGCCUUCCUGCUCCACAAGUACUGCGCCAAGGAGCCAACCACGAAGGCAGAGAUGCUGGAGCGUGUUGUCCAGGAUCACCAGGACCAUUUCCCUGACAUCUUCAGCCAUGCGUCUUGGUGCUUUCAGGUUGCCUUUGGCAUUGAUGUAAAGGAAGUGGAUCCCAGCAGCCACUGCUAUGUCCUGGUCCCCACCCUGGGCCUCACCUGGGAUGGGAUGACCAAAGAGCAGAGCCUGCCCAAGACCGGCCUCCUGGCCCUACUCUUGGGCGUGAUCCUACUGCGGGGUGGCCAGGCCUCUGAGGAGGAAGUGUGGGGAGUGCUGAGUGCUGCGGGCGUGUGUCCUGGGAGGGAGCACUUCAUCUAUGGGGACCCCAGGGAGCUCAUAACUGGGGUCUGGGUGCAGGAGCAGUACCUGGAGUACCAGCAGGUGCCCGACAGCGAUCCCGCUCGCUGUGAGCUGCUCUGGGGCCCCAGGGCCCACGCAGAGGCCGGUGAGGUGCAGGUCCAGCAGUUUUUGCUCAGGCUCCUUAGCAGGGCUGCAGGCUCUUCCCAAUCCCCAUCCGAGGAGGCUAGAAGCAAUGAGGAACACCGUCCCUGA